UUAAAUCAUAUAUUCUAUUUCUCGUUUUAUUUCUGUAUUUUGCGCUCUCUGUUGAAUAUUCUUCGUACCUUAAAAAUCAUCAGACCUUAAGCGACCACUUUCCGUGUUUUCAGUCAGGUCGCGGUUGUCGCUAGUGCUGUUUUGUUGUUAGACAAUCUGUCAAUAUAUCAGGUGUUAAGUCGUUCUUGUGGGUUGUUUUGAGUAUGUGCGCAGUGUUAAAAUUCAUGCUCUGUUAGUGGAAAAUCUGGAAGCUAAGUGUUUAUUAAUACACUCAAGCAAAUUUUAAAGUGUUGAUAUGUUUACGGGACUUACAAACCAAGUUAGUAGCUGGAUGGGAGCUGCAGGCAAAAAGGAUGGUGAAACUCAAAAACCAGAUGAAGAAAAAUUAGCAUCCCCAGUCAUUGAUUCUGGUGAUGCUAUAGAUGUUGAUCAAAAGAAGGAAACUAGCCCUACAAAAGCUGGAAAGCUGGAGAUGUUUUCCAAUGUGAAAAACCAAAUGACAAGUUGGUUGGGGUCUGGGGUCCCAGGUUUACGAAAGGGUGACCCAGAUGGUAAUGCAGAAGCUCAAAAUUCGACCGGGCCUGGAACGGGAAAAACAGAAGCAGAUUCUCCGGCAUGUGAAAAGUCUGUUAAGGGCUCGCCUGUUGAACAUGCUAAAGAAGAUGAUGAUUCAAGUGCUACGGGAGGAGCUGAUAGCGAUAUUGCUGGUUCGGAGCCCGGAACACCAGCUGAAGACAAGGAUGGAGCUCAGCCAUUUGGGGCUGUGUCCACAAAAGCACUUCAGGGUGCUAAGUCCAUAGGCAGCUUCUUAUUUUCGGCAGUAAACAAAGCGGGAAAAACUGUCAGUGAAGCGAGCGCCAAGAUAAAGAAGACAGUCGAGGAAAAUAGCUUGCUGGGAGAGUUCAACAAGGAGCAGGAGGCCUUCAUCAAGGAGAAGCAGGAGAAGAGCUCCGAUGCAGCCGUCCCUCCCUGGGUGGGCUGCCCCAACGAGGAGACCCUGAAAGAGGAAUGCCUCACUCUGUCCACAGAUAGGCGUAACUUUGUGCGUAGUCCCCCAGCUGGGGUGGAAUUCCAGUUUGACUAUGAAGUGUCGUACCCUGUAGCCAUGGCAACCCUCGCUGAGGAUCCCAAUCUGGAGAAGAUGAGGUUUGAGCUCGUGCCCAAGGUGAUCAACGAGGAAACGUUCUGGAGGAACUACUUCUACCGCGUGAGCCUGAUCCGCCAGGCCAACGAGCUGUCGUCCAUGGCUCAGGAAGGCGGCAGGGAGGCGGAGGCGUCCUCGCGAUUGGCCAGCGUGGAGGGAGAGCCCGCCGCAGUCCCCCCAAUUGAAGAGUCGCUAGUUUCUCAGCAUGCCGCCUGUGACAGUCCCAACCAGGAGUUUGUGUCUGACACGUUCCGCGCCAGCUCCAGCGAUCUGGAGGAGGUGCGCGAGGGUAUGAGGAAGCUGGGCAUGGACCCGGGCAAGAGGAACGAAGAUGACUGGGAGAAAGAACUAGAAGCGGAGCUGCAAGAUUACGAAGUGGUCGCGGACGGAGAGAGCGGCCAUCAGGACCCCAACUGGGAGCACCAGAUAGAGGAGUUGUUGGAUGCCACCGACCUCAAGUAGUGUCGUGCUCGCUAGACUUGCUCCCGGCGACAACCGGUUACUGAGUUACGAACAAUCCUGUGUUAUCAGAUACAUUUACUUUGUGCAAAUCUCUUAUACUUUGUUGUGAAUGUGUUUUAAUAAUCUUCCAUCUGUACUUGGGGUGUGCCAACGAGCUGUUUUAACUUUAAGCAUCAAUACAAAUUGUAGAUAACUAUAAUGAUUCCUGUGAAUUGUUGAACUGAUUUAAGAGACUAUUUUUUCGCAAUAUAUAUGUACAUAAAAAAAAAAGGUUUAUUACAUUUGGCAUACUGCUUUUCAGUGCUCUUGUUUGAAGCGGUUGCAAAAUAACAAACAAUACCUAAGCGAAAUUCAGUAUUUGACUUGCAAUGAGGCCUAGAGAAUAGGAAGUAUUUGCAUUAAAAAGGUUUACUAUUCUAUUGUAAUAUAUAUAAACUGAUAAAGAUUCGUACGUUGAUGUGAAAAAUUACUGUUAUCUGUUGUUGUUAUAUGGUGAAUUUUUACACGAUCACAGAAUGGUUGUUGAUGCCCGCACGAGUCGAGUCUGUUGCAGUAACCUCACUGGUGUUCAGCAUCUGUCACAUUCUCACACGAGAGAUUCACGUCAUUAUCUACAAUCACUUUAUACAUUGCUGUGAAUGGAGAACGCUCUUCCAAUAAUGGGGUUUUCAACCAAGUUUAUGUACAUAUAUACGUUAAGUGUUAUUUAAAUAUUUAAUUAAGUACUAACAGUCAUUGGCAGACAGUUUUAUGAUUUGUUUGUCAUGUCCCUUAUUGGCCCAUGACCCAAAAGCAUAAAUGCAGUGUAUGUAUGUACAUACAAAUUUUGGGGCAUGUGAGCUGAUUUUCUGGAUAAUCAAUCUUGGUAAACCUUGACAUUUCAAAUAAAAAUAAAAAAGUGUGUGUAUUCAGAUAUCAUUUUAAUAUUUGAGGUUCUAAGUCUUAAAAAAAAAAUUAAGAACAAUAAUAAUGCCUUACAAGUGGGUUGAAUUAACAAUGUGUUAGUUUAAAAAAAAAAUUAUCAUAAAAUAAAAGAAAACACUCAUUUGAAUGGUACUUUGCAAAAUAUGUCAAAAUUUGCUGUUAUGUGAAGUAGAUAAUAUUUUAUAAGCAGUAUUGUGUGUGUUUGUAGGUAAAAUAAUUAAGCAUUACAAUUUUUCGUCUUCAUUGCAUUUUGUCAAAAUACGUGUCUUCUGUGUGAAGCGGAGGGAUUACAAUAUUUGAUUCCUUGGCAAUCAAUGUAAUUAAGGAUGUUAUAAUCAGUAAUGUUCUCGAUGUCAAUUACUCUGACAUUCCACCCCACGUGUGCGUACCGCCGGCCGCUGUUGGCAGUAGCUCGGUGUGUCCCGCUGGGCCAAUGGGUAACAACCUGACAGUCGUUGCCAGGAAGCAAGCCCAGUUCCAAGUGCAGAAUCAUCAUUCUUCUACAUAAACUUUUGAAAGUUUAUGGUUUGUUUGAGUGUACUACAGAGAUUAAUUAUUGUUGAUUUUUUAAGCAAAGACAAAAAUAUUGUUAGAAGUAGCUUAGCUUCUGGUCUGUAGCCGUGUCCUCGGAAAAUAAUUCACCGACGUUUCGGUCGACAUUGCAGUCGCCAUCAUCAGGGAGCAGUUACCUGGGAGCAGUAGGUAACUGCUCCCUGAUGAUGGCGACUGAAAUGUCGACCGAAACGUCUGUGAAUUAUUUGCCGAGGACGCGGCUACAACCCAGAAGCCGAGCUACUUCGGACGAUGGCCGUGAAAGCUUGCGAACAUUAAAAAUAUUGUUAUAUUGGUGUCGUUAUGAUCCAGCUGUAAUGACCACUAUCAUCACCAGGAUGACUUCCACAUUUCAAGCUUUUCUUUUGGUAGCCUGUUCCAAUUAUGUGUAUGUAAUUAUGUAUAUGUAUAUUGUAAAUAUGUCCUCUUGUAAUGUUUGGGCUGUAUGUGUGCGAGGUGUGCUAAUGUAUAUUAUUAUAUUUAUGUGUGUGUUUUUUUUUCUAAUUAUUGUUGACAAUUAUUGAAGCUGUUUGCCUAAAACACAAGAAUUUAAAGUAAAUUUUUACUAAUUUCUGGGCAUAAGGCAUCUAUUAAUUUUUUGGAUGUUAAUUUGAGUUCCAAAUGAACACAAGUGGAGGUAUUUUUAAAGCACCUCAAACCACAUCUGAACACCUUUAUAAUCUGGCCAGGAAGGAAAAUAUUACAUCUGCAGGAUUGUGUUCAAGUGUGAUAAAAAUUAUUUGCAGACAGUGAUUUAUUAAUCUGUAUAGGUUUGAGAUAAUUGUGAGGUAAAUAAUAAACUUCAUUGUUUGCAUUUUUUUUUUCAAUUACUAAAACUAUAUUUUGACAAUUUUGUACCUUUUAAAAAUUUGUUUUAAAGCUUAGAUAAUAUAUCAACUUUAUGAGCAUUGUGUUUGCGAGUAGUAUUUAUUGUGCAGUAAUUUUUUAUGAAGAAAAAAUAAAAAAUAACAUUUUUGGAAAAAUAUGUUGCAUUGUGUUCAAGAAGUUUUUAUUGAUAACUGUUAUGUGACUGCACUGUUUACACUAUUGAACAAGUUUGUGCAUACAUUUCCAUUGUGUUACAACACUUUUUGAGUUAAGUAGUCUCUUCUCUUGAAGGCAAACAAAUUCAAAAAUUCAUUCUGUAUUUUAAAUCUCUUGUGUAACCACUGAAACCUUGGCUAGUUGAAAGCUGUAUGAGUCUGUAGAUGUACCAACUCACAAUUACUCUUUCAUUUCUGUUGAGAGAUUGUAUACAUAGAAACUGUAUAUGUUUUGAAAAAACCAUUCUAUUGUGUAUUAAUAACAAAAUAAAGCUAGUAUCUGUACAAUAAACAAUAAUAAACAAAUAUGCAGUAAGUU